GCGUCCCUGUGAGUGUACCAUUGCCCAUGAUAUAUCACUGGAAAAUGUUUCAAGAAUGCAUGAGCUUUCAGAAGCCUUCCAUGCUAUUUCCUUAAGACACACAUGCCUCUUGUCUAUCUUGGAGCAGUUUAGUAAACUGAGUUCUAGGGCCGGAAGAAUUAGUGACUUAAAUGGAGAGGGUUCCACUUUUCCACCCCUAAGAAGCAUGAAAAGAAUGAUGUUGAGGGGCUGUAAUAUCUCAGGACCAAUCCCCACAUAUAUAGUAGAGAUGACAGAAUUGAGAUUUUUAGAUCUCAGCUUCAACAAGUUGAACAGAGAGAUUCCAAAUCUUGAUGGCCUAACAAACGUGGAGGUCAUCUGUCUGACAGGCAACCGACUUAAUGGAAAUAUUCCAGAUGGAAUCAAGGGAAGGCAGAGCCGCACUGAAAUAGAUCUUUCUUACAGUAACUUCUCUGAGCAAUCUGCACUACCUUCUUGUGGAGAUAGCUUGCAAGAACUAUUUCUUAGUAAACUAAACCUUGUCAAGCUUUAGGCGCAAUUUUUCUUUCAUUCACUGUCUACAUUAAAUUAUCUUCUUUUUUGUUUCAUUAGGAACUUGUUCAGAAGCUUUUCUGAGGAGGGGAACUUGUAAACUUUUUACUUUAUAAUUUGUGUGUGAAGGGAAGCAAUUUGUAUAUGUUUUAUCUUGCACAACAUUGAUUCUUUUCUUUUCUUUUCUUUCUUUUU